UUCGGUUUAGUGACUCCGAAACUUCUUAGCGGUGGUGACGCGUCGAUUUUCUCUCCGCCGUAUGAUACGAGUGGACACCGAUUACUUGACAGUGGAUAUCACGGGAACACGAGGCAAUGGGGUUUUGAAAUCCAAAGAAAUCAUUUAGGACCGAGAAUUUCGGUUUUUUCCCAUACCUCGGAAGUGAAGUUUGACGAAAAGAAAAUUUUAUUCUUCGACGAUCGAAGAUUUUCGCGACGAUAAAUAUCGGUUCACCGCAUUCUUCGCGCUCGCGGCCUCCGCGCGCUACGACGCUAACAAUCGUCGACGAUUCCCUAUGAAAAUAGUAAUCAUGGAGCUGAAAAUCUGCGUGAUUCUACUCCUCGCUUCGUCGACGAUCGCGCUUUCGGAACCGGCGGUGCAAACUAAGGACGUUUUGGUGUUGAAGUGUUGCGAGACGGGAUCGACGUUGGCGAGGCCUUCCGGCGCAGAAGAGCCGGGACGUUGUCUGCCCUCCGGAAAACCUUGGCAGCCGAUAAUUUAUUCACCGGGUGCAUCCAGUCCGGUCGGCAUUCCGGACACCUGGGCGAUACGCGAAAAUACAAAACCGACGUGUCGCGACGGCGUGUUGACCUACAUAGCGCAGGACGAGUGGAACCCCUUCAUAUUAUUUGACAGCGGUCAGGUGGUACUCAACAGCGGUAUCGGCCAGCAGUACAAUCCCGGUAAAUUUUGCGCCGACGAAGAAGGACUGUUGGUCUGCCUGCCGAGGGCCGCUAUAACGGCCAAAGCCACCAUGAAACCCGUUGUCCAACAGUGCUGCGGCGCGGACGCGGUUUUCGAUCAGAAGGCCAAAAAAUGCGAGUACCAAAAGGAGCCGAACGACUCACCGCCGCUGAUAGACAACAUCGCCGACGUUGAACUCACCUACGGAUUUCCCGUAUGCAACUCCUCCGGAAAUCACACCAUUGUCGGGAGUGUGAGUGACGGCAAGAUACUCGCCAACGGAUCCAUGCAGUUCGAAGAUUUCGUCCUACCUCCGAGACAAUUUUGCAUCGAAAGGACCAGAGACAGGAAAUCGGUCAAGGUCCUCACCUGCGUCGAACACGCACCUCAGAGACCCGAGGUAGUCCAGGCGGCUGACAUGCGGUUCACCCUUUAUCCGAUUGGAUUUCUAAUCAGCGUUGUCUUCCUGGCAGCCACCCUAGCAGCCGGGUGGCUACUGCCAACGGCUCACCACGUACUUCACUGGCGAUGCCAGACGCACCACGUCGCCUGUCUCCUCCUGGGUGACCUUCUCAUGGCCGUGAUACAGCUCGGAGGAAAGUCGCUCCAAGGAGACGUCUGCAAAUCCGUCGCGAUCCUGGCCCACUUCUUUUUUCUGGCAGCAUUCUUUUGGUUGAACACCAUGUGCUUCAACAUCUGGUGGACUUUCAGAGACUUGAGACCAGCCAGUUUGGAGAAGGGCCAGGAAACUGUUAGGCUUAGGGUGUACGCGUGUUACGCUUGGGGUGGCCCCCUUCUCAUAGCCGGUUUAGCCGCUCUUCUGGACCAUCUACCGCAACAGCCAGGAUACAUGUUUCUCAAACCACGUUUUGGCGAAAACUAUUGCUGGUUCUACGGUGACACGGAAAUACUCGUAUACUUUUUCGGUCCAGUCGGUAUUCUACUGGCGAUCAAUCUCAUAUUGUUCGCCGCUACCGCUCGGGAACUUACCUGUGGCCUGUGGAAGCGUGAAGUUGUCAAGAGCACGACGGAAAGAGCUGCGCUCGGUCGAGUUUGCAUGAAGCUGGUCGUUGUCAUGGGAGUAACGUGGGUGGCGGACGUACUUUCUUGGGGCGUUGGAGGGCCUCAGUAUCUCUGGUACUUCACGGAUCUGAUAAAUGCUCUUCAAGGUGUUUUCAUCUUCGCGGUCGUCGGUUGUCAGCCUCAAGUUUGGGCCGCUCUUAAGAGACUUUGCAACAGAAAUCCGCGCGCCAACGCCGGUAGACAGGGUAACGCCAUGAGUACAACGAGUCACGGUAUGCCGAGCAUGGGCGACAGCGUCACGCAGAAUCAGAGCACGAAAACAGUGCCGUUGGAAACUAUCUGCUAAACAAUCGCACAUGGAAAAUACGUACGGAUAUAUAUGUGAGAAAGAGGGCUGCAGGAUGGCGACAAAAAAAAAAAAAAAUGAGACUUUUAGAAAAGUUGCCUCCGCCGUACCUCUCGACGACGAUGAAAAUCAUCCCGCGACUUAUACGUACGUUUAUGUUGCGGGGUAAGGUAAGAAGAAGUAUGAAAAAAAACACCAAACCGAAAUCGCGCGACGGUAACGAAUUUUUUUAUUUAUUUAUUUUUUUUUUUCAUCUAAUCGUAAUACCAAUGACAAUUGCCGUUUUUCUGACGUUUAAGAAAAACGAAAAAUAAAAAUUGAAGUCCUCGAACAGAAUGAUACAGAUUUCGGGUUAUAUUUUUUUUUUUUUCACGUAAUACGCACGUGAUCGGCAUAUCGGAAAAUCUGAUGUCGCGUCACGAUCGUAGGAAUUUAAUACGAUUUUCUAAUGAUCUUGCAAAUUUUCGAACGCUUUAAAUAUCAAUUGGAAUAACAAUUAUAUUUAUUUAUUUAUUAUUUUAUUUUAUUUCUUUUUUUCGUUACUUUCGUAGCCGCAGUUUGAUUUGUUGCAGCGAUUUUUUCGAUUAGCUGAGCUUUGCACAAUGAUUAUAUAUAAAUGCACGCGUUUAUAUACCCGCACCGGUGGUUUUGCCGCAACAGCCGUCAGCUAAUCGUGAUUGCUAAUCUUCGACAUUACAGUCACUGCUAUACCUUAUAUCCAUAGGUAUAGUACGGAGUGUAAGGCUACGUAAUUGGCUGCAUUCUUGAACGUUUUUCCGCGGUAUCAUUUUUCCUUUUUGCUUUCGAAUUAUAAUUUUUCUAAAACCUGUCGUAUGGUAUACGAAAGAAAAGGAAGAAAAUAAUCAGUGACCUCAGUCUUAUACUAAUCAUUAAAGAAACUUUUUUUCUUCAUUAUCCUAUUCUUCAAAAAAAUCGAAAAUAAUUUAUAGCCUCUGUAAUGGUAAUUCUGCGUGAAUAUUGAGUUUAUAACUUUAAACAACAGAAAAAAGAACGCACCAAAAAUAAUUUUUUUCAAUCAUCCAUUAAUUAUUAUCGUUAUUAUUACAUCAAAAUGAUCGAACACGGAAUAAUGUUGUCUUCUUGUUUCUCGUAUAUAUCAUGUUAUCAUCCGAAUAUGAUAAAAUAGUAAUAAUAGCUAUAUAUUAUAGAAAACUAUAGAGUUACUGACAAUACGAACGAUGAAAUUGCAAUGCCUUUUGAAAUGCCUUCAUAACACGUCGGUGUUCAUUAAAACCAAACAAAAAAAAAAAAUCAAUUAAAAAUGAAUAUAAAAAAAAUAGCCUAUUAUAUUCAAAUAAUUUUUGCGAAUAAUCGACGAACAUCGUUAUUGAUGAUAAUAAUUAAUAAAAAACUAAAAUAAAAGCUAGAAAAAAAAAAACUUUUCAUCGGCAUUCAUUGAUAUGAUAUGGGUAAAUGAGUUCGAAACAAUGGAAAUAUGGCAAAAAAUAUUUGUUACACCUCGAACGGUACGUAUAUGAAGUUGGGAAAAAAAAAAACGAAAAUGGAAGAUGUACAGCGUAAGAAUGGGAUGACACAUUUUAUGCACCGCGCUAUUAUAUGACGAAUGUGCGGACGCUCCGUAUAUAAUGAUUGGUGUAAUUGGUACCUAUACACAUACAUAUUAUCAUUACAUACCCACAUAUAACUAUCUGUAUACCGUACACGUACAAUUAAAUAGUAAAUAGUGAACUCAUCAAUUGUUUCUUCAGGUGCACUUUCAAGACUGAACGCAUAAGCGUCAUGACGUACAGUACUACACAGUGUUUUUGCGUAGUUGAAUUCUCCUAGUUUUCUUCAGUCUUCAUUUUUUGUUUUAUCAUUUUUGUUUGUUUUUUACGGUCUCUCAGUUUGUUUCUCUUCUUUCGCGACGAAUGAUAUGUGAUAAAAUAAUCGUUAAAGAAAACACGAGCGAACGCGCUUGAGAAUUUCUAAUAAAAAAAUUUUGAAAGAAUCUUUUUCAAAAGUCGUUGCUGGGAUUGCAUUUUAUUUCAAAAAUAGACACGCGCACGAUCGGGCGUCUUCGGCCGUGUUUUAUAUGUUUCGAUGUAUGCUGUGUGUACUUUAUAUAAAUGAAAAACUAUUAUUUUUUAUAGUACUCGUGCAGGUACCUUGUAAUUACUAAUUAUUUAAAUCGAUUUUAGUUUUAUUGUGUUACAUUAUGCCGCUGGUUAUUGUUGGUGUAAAGCAGCAGUAAACGUGAUGCGGCAUUACGGAGCAGCUCGUAAUUCGUAGUUAAAACUUAAUUAUAAUUAUUAUAGUUGUAAUUCAAGCAUUAUACUAAAACGAUCAUCGCACUACUUUAAAUACGGUAAAUAUAAUUCUUGUAAAUAACAUCAAAUACACCAUACGUAGAUUAGUAUUUGUAUACUAAUGUCCCAUUAGCGGCACUUACUCCGAUUAAAAUUAUACGAUGUAAUCCAUAGGACUCUUGCUUUUAUAUACAUUAUAUACAUAGCCGGUAUAAGUACAUCGGAAAUAUUACAAGCAAACAUACGACAAACGAAGUUUUAGACGCAAAAUCAUCACGGCAAAACAUAUUCAUUCAUAUGUGUAUCGUACGUACGAUGAUAAUCAUAUGAAUACGUCAAAGAGGCUAGAAUUUCAUUUCUGUUGUUUUCAAGAUGAAAUAUCGCAACAAUUCAAAUAAAACUUACCUAAAACUGCCGGGAGAUUAUUGCGGAUAUUUAUAAUAGGAUAUGUAGCGUAUAAUCUGAAUCGUGUAGGGAAAACAUUUUGGACUGUACAUUUAUUGAACUAUAAGUACAUGAUAUGACAUAUUACAUACCUAUGACACGCGUAACGUAGUCUUUAGUAUUCAUUGUAUAGUAGGUAAAAUCGCGAGGGAGAUUGUUAAAAAGUAAUUUUAUCAUAAUUUAUUUCAACUGUAAAAGAUAUCUUUCAGUUUCAUCUUGUUUCUUUAAUUUCCUCUUUUUCUUUUCAUUUCACACGUGCAGAUGCAUCAGUAAAAUAACAGAAUACUAUCAUGAUAUAUGGAAAACUUUAUACAGUAUAUGUUUGUACACGAUGUACGGUGGCUUGCCAGUAAUUAGUUUCGGUCGAUAUUAAAUGUAAUAUUUAAAACAUAAAAAUUAAUGUUAUUAUUACUGUAUCGAAUUUUUAGCAGUUAGGAUUUAAUAAGAAACUACUAUUGAGGUACCUUUGAAGUUGUCGAUCAUCGGAAUGGUUUCUCUUAAAAUUGAGCGAAAAUUUUCUAAUAAAAAAGAACCCUGUCUCCUCCAAAUUUUUGCAUUCGCUGUAAUAUUUUCAAUAUCGAUUACCAUUGUGUACGUUAUGAAAAAAAAAAAAAAAGAACAAGAAAGACAAGAACGACAAGUAAUUUUGGGAAUGUAAAUAUUUGAGAAUUGAAUUUCGUCAAGAGAAAUUAGUUCGUGGAUCACAAUUGAUACGUAUACCUAUAUAAGUGUGAACUGUAAACUCAUGUCUGGCCAAAGUACGCGCAGCGCUAUUUAAUUAUCUAAUUUAUAUGUUAUAGAUACUUACAUGUAUUACUAUGAAUUUAUAACUGUGAAAUAUUUGACUAUAGGACGCCGUACGUCGACGUAAUCGGAAACGUGACAAAAUAAAAGAUUAAUAAAAUAAAA